CACACACCUGGCGCGGUGAAUGACCGACGUCACUACCCGGUUUUUUUCCCUACGGCAGGCUACAGUACAUGAAGAAUGAGGAAGACGAGUCCAUCCACCGGGUAGAGAGAGAAAAGACUCGACCAGACUGAACCAGAGUAAAAAGAGGAGCAGGUGCCAUCCACCCGUCGGUGGACGCAGGAGGGAUGACGCGCUGCUGCACUGGCGGCCGGUGCGCCCGGUUCGUGGAGCGACAUCACUCCGCGGUGAACUUCGCGCUGCUGGUCGCCGGCUACGUCCUCUACCUGGCAGUCGGCGCCGCGAUCUUCUCCGCCAUCGAGCUGCCCUACGAGUACGAGCUCCGGCGGGAGCUGCAGGCGGCCCGGCGGGACUUCCUGGCCAACAACACCUGCGUGUCCGACGCGCGCCUGGAGGAGCUGCUGGCCCGCGCGCUCGAGGCCAGCAACUAUGGCGUCUCCGUGCUGGGCAACGACAGCGACCGCAACUGGGACUUCGUGUCGUCCCUGUUCUUCACCAGCACCGUGCUGACCACAACAGGUUACGGCCACAACGUUCCUCUCUCAGAUGAAGGGAAGGCCUUCUGUAUCUUCUACUCCAUCUUUGGCAUCCCCUUCACCCUCUUCUUCCUCUCUGCUGUGGUGCAGAGGAUCAUGGUCGUGGUGACCCGACGCCCAGUGUCCUACUUCCACCAUCGGUGGGCGAUGUCCAAGUCCAAGCUCGCCGCCAUCCACGCCGCCUGCCUCGCCCUCCUCAUGACCCUGCUGUUCCUCAUCAUCCCGGCGUGGAUCUUCAUCGGCCUGGAGAAGGACUGGAACUUCCUGGAGUCUCUGUACUUCUGUUUCAUCUCUCUGACAACCAUUGGCCUCGGGGAUUAUGUCCCCGGAGAGACCCACAGUAAAGAGGCCAAUCCACACCCACAGCUCUACCGGCUGACCAUUACGGCCUACUUGCUGCUGGGCUUGGUGUGUGCCCUGGUGGUGCUGGAGACGUGCUGCGAGCUCCCCCAGAUGAGACGCCUCCGACAGAGGUUCUACCAAGAAAAGGCCCGGGAGCUGGACUCUGAGACCACCAACAUCAUCGACCCGGAAGAGAGGAGGGACCAGCUGACCGAUGUGCCAGAUCAUGUGACCGAUAACCUACCAGUCAUCCCAUCUGUGUCAGAGCAGGCCGCAUCCUUACGCCAAUACAGCAAGUCGGCGCCUUACACCCCAGUAUCUGGAUCAGCUGUUAACAGAAAACUGAGAUGACAGAUUGUCACCACACAUUGUUUUAAAGGGACUGGAACAUUUGCUCAGGACAUGCUGGCACUGACCUCUGUCUUAAACAUGCGUAUAAGCACUCUGACCCUGCCUGCGUGUGUAUAUAUCUCCAUCUAAGCUGCGUCAUUUAAUCGCAUUUAAAGUGAUUGCCUUCUGCCGUUGCCAAGAUCAACAGGCAUUUGUGCAACAGCAGGAACCACCCACAGAUAAUCAGGAUGGCGUUGUUUUCUUAUUCCCCCCUGUCGCUCCAUUCCCCGCAGAUAAGGGUUAGCUCCGUGACACAGAGGAAGGGCUGGGCCCUCGAACGGAGGGAAACCCCAGCGAGUUUCCACUUCCUGCCAAAGCCGUGAAGCUAUAAUUCCAACGUAGCGCAGUUCGCUCCGGAGGAUUUCACACUCCCUUCCAGCACAUUGUAUAAUCUAUGAUGGUAUUUGCAUAGGGGAAUUUGCCUUCUUUGCAGACAUAGCACACAAUCACUUUGCCUAUUGUACAUUAUACGGAUGAACUCAAAAUUAAAGAUCCAAUAAUGUCAAUGUGCUUUCCUUCUGGUUGCUCACAGGUAAUGAGUGCUCUUCUGCUCCUGAUGGCAUGUAUACAAAGUCAUUGUGGUACUUCUACUGCAGUAUGCCCCCCCGCCCCCGACCACUAGAGGGCAGCACUUUCGUGUUAUAUGCAAAACAGGCUUAUGAUUAAGGUGCAAGGAUAUGUCACUGUGACAAGUGAGGCUGUGAGAGCAUGAUGUAGAACAAAGAAGUUUUUAAUAUCCAUAUAUUUUGUCAAAGCUGUCUCCGUUUACCUGAGUGCUAAACUGAAUGUAAAGUAUACGGUGACGGAUGUUUUAUGCCUGUCAAUUUUUUCAAAAUUUCAGCUGCAAAACAGCUAAAAAUCACAGGAAUGAGAGGGAUGUGACUAGUCGUCCAUCGAGUUGCUGCUGCUUUCAUCGUAAUGUUGUAUUUUAUGGGUUUUAAUCAAGAGCAGAACUUUGUAAUUUUUUCCGGAAUGAAGUGCAAAUAAAUCAUACAACA